AUGGUUGACGUCAACGGAGCAGUGGACGCAGAUGAUGGUAAUUCCGUUAACUCCCUAAGCGCCUCGAGAGCAUUGGACCUCGCUGGUUGCCCCGUGGCGCCUUCCUUAUCCCGCGGGUUCUCGUCCGCCUCCGCGGCGUCUUCCGCCUCGUCACCUUCCCCUCCCCGCGCGUUCCUCUCCGCCGCUCCCCGCCCAUUCCUCGCCGCGUCUUCCGCCUCGUCCUCCCCUCCCCGUGGCCCAUUCCUCUCCGCCCUAUGGGACCGCCUGAGGUCGUACGUUCUCGCUCGUCGGAUGAACCAGCACCUGCCUCUCACUCGGUUCAACCCCGAGCAAGCUCACCAGCAGCACGAGCAAGCUCACCAGCAGCAGCACCGCCACGACCACGACUGUCAACAAGAUCCUCCUGAAUCUCUUCCCUCUCAUCCCUCUCUUCCCUCUCAUGCCUCUCAUCCCUCUCUUCCCUCUCAUGCCUCUCAUCCCUCUCUUCCCUCUCAUCCCUCUCUUCCCUCUCUUCCCUCUCUUCCCUCUCUUCCCUCUCUUCCCUCUCUUCCCUCUCAUCCCUCUCUUCCCUCUCAUCCCUCUCUUCCCUCUCAUGCCUCUCAUCCCUCUCUUCCCUCUCAUCCCUCUCUUCCCUCUCUUCCCUCUCUUCCCUCUCUUCCCUCUCUUCCCUCUCUUCCCUCUCAUCCCUCUCUUCCCUCUCAUCCCUCUCUUCCCUCUCAUCCCUCUCUUCCCUCUCAUCCCUCUCUUCCCUCUCAUCCCUCUCUUCCCUCUCAUCCCUCUCUUCCCUCUCAUCCCUCUCUUCCCUCUCAACCCUCUCUUCCCUCUCAUCCCUCUCUUCCCUCUCAUCCCUCUCUUCCCUCUCAUCCCUCUCUUCCCUCUCACGACGUCCUGCCCCGCCUACUAGUAACCCCCACUCUCCCCAGCAACGCGCUCCUGCUGUUCCUCUCGCUGCUCCUCCUCAUCCCCCUCCUCUGCAUCCCCCUCCUCGCUCCCUCCUCUCCGCUCUCCCCACCCGCUGCUGCGGCUCAGCCGGCAGAGGGGUCUGGGGCGCAGGCGUGGGGUAGGAAGGGGGAUGAUGGGGCACAGGCGUGGGGCGGGAAGGGGGAUGAUGGGGCGAGUAGUGGGGAGAACGGAGAGUUGGCAACAGCAGAUGGAUCAGAAUAUUCGACCCAUUUCUUGUGUUCUGAGUCAAGGUUGGUGCACUGUCCGUUGAACUUGAAACCCGCGGGAUGGGAUCACCCCCAGCGGGAUGGGAUCACCCCCAGCGGGAUGGGAUCACCCCCAGCGGGAUGGGAUCACCCCCAGCGGGAUGGGAUCACCCCCAGCGGGAUGGGAUCACCCCCAGCGGGAUGGGAUCACCCCCAGCGGGAUGGGAUCACCCCCAGCGGGAUGGGAUCACCCCCAGCGGGAUGGGAUCACCCCCAGCGGGAUGGGAUCACCCCCAGCGGGAUGGGAUCACCCCCAGCGGGAUGGGAUCACCCCCAGCGGGAUGGGAUCACCCCCAGCGGGAUUAACUACCCCCUCAGUAAUGGUGGCAGCAACAGUGGGAGGGUGGGUGAGGAGGAGGAGGAGGCAAGUGCGGUAGCAGAGCAGGGGGGGUCCGUUCGUGGCGUGGUGAUCGCGUCAGUUCUGUCAGAGGCGUGGAUACCCAUGAUGAAGAUGUUCUUAACGAGGAUGAGACUGGUUGAUGCAAGACACGAGCAGGAGAAUCACAACCAGCAGCAGCAGCAGCAGCAGCAGCAGCAGCAGCAGCCACAGCAGGAGGAGUACUUAGGAGGUGCAGCUGGUGAGUUCCCGCGGGCAGAUGCUCAUAUGCCCAGCAUGGGACCCAUGCCUCAGAUGCCACGCACGGGGCAUGGCCCUCGCCGGGCACCAGGCUCUCUGGUGUCUCGCCUGCUCGUGAUCUGCUACGACCGCCACAGCCUGGAGUUCUGCUGCUCGCUCCGCCUGCACUGCUUCCUUGACACUCAGGUGCGUGCGUCUGUCCGCACUGCUGAUUUCACACACAGGUGCGCCCGCUUCCUUGGUUGGGAGACAGGUGCGGCUGCUGGGGUAGAGGCCAGUUGGACUGGCAGCAGCACCGUAGGCAUCAAGGGUGGAUAG